ACAAGAAUGUCAAAUUCCCGCAACCCGAACUUAUUCAUGAAGCCUUUGAGUCGGUUGAGUGUCGUGGGAUGAAAACUUCUUUUUUUUAAUAUCUUCAUGACGGUUCAGUAGAGGAUCAAACAAACCCCCAAUACCUACAUCACGGUAAUAUUUGGAUGAGAUAGAUCUUGCUGGUCAAGAUCAAAUAUCAGACUCUUAUUCAUUAUUAUUCCACCUUACGAUACGCAAGAAAGAGCCUCGACGAGAUAGAAAACGAGAAGGGACUGGUUCGAAUGACGAAGGCUUAAUAAUUUAUACACCACCUGCAACAAACUCCCCUUUCCCUUGACCCCUAACAUAUAAUAAUAACACAUCUGCAACAUGCGGUCCUCAAUAUUGGCUCCGAGCCUCUUCAUCCUCACAUCCUUCACACAAUCUACGAGUGCAUUGAAAGCUCUACCGAAUUCACCAUGUGCAUCGAAAUGCGGCAAUGUGUUGGGAGGAACCUCAGGAGAGGAUGAUAUCGUGUGUCAGAAUACGGACUACACAAGCUUAAUUGGAACGACAUACUCGGGUUGUGUGGGAUGCCAAUUAACGAGUACUUUUGUUGAUCCUUCAACAAAUGAGACGGAUUUGGAAUGGGGUUUAUAUAAUUUGAGAUAUGCCAUGAGUUGGUGCCUCUUCGGCUUCCCAAAUAAUACAGAUGUGGAUAACACGCCAUGUAUAACGUCUCUAUCUUGUGGUCCAAUGAAGAAUGCCAUCGAAUACGGGAAUCUAACGACAGAUGCCCAAACUGAAUAUGGCUAUUGUUCAGACAUUGCUACGAAUCAAAUCUCCGAAUGUCAGAACUGUCUCGAGAUAUCCACAUCAACAUACUAUCUGAACAACUUCUACACUCUUCUCUAUGGAGCCUGUGAUCAACAGCCUGCACCAGGCUCAACAUUAUCCUUUCAAGGUUCGCCCUUUUCCACAACUCAACUCAAUAUGACAUCUCCCACUCCCACCGCCGUACCCGGUCAAACCUAUCCCGGCCUCUCUCUCAAUGCACGAAUCGGAGUCGCAGUAGGAAUAAUUGUCUUCGCCCUCUUCAUUACCGGUUUCUGUAUCGUCUUCAACGGCCGCCGCCGUCGUCGUCGCAUUAUUCGUCAACAUCAACUCGAAACGGGCUAUGCAGCUUGGAAAAACGCACAUGACGUCGAUGGACUAGGCGGUCAUAUCCCUGUCAAUGAAGUAGAUAGUGCAGUCUCUAAUAUGACGUCUGGAUCGGGAGGAUUCUUCGAUAGUCCUAAUUCCCAAAAACCUCUACAGCCGAAUUAUUGGGGUCAACAACAACCUCACGGUGGAAAUUUCACUGGACCGGCUGUCAUGACGCCGAUCGAAGAUAGUCCUAUCACUCCUAUGGCCGAGAAAGUUUAUCUGUCUCCUUACUCCUCACCAUAUAGUAGUCCAGCCACAGCAUCUACAGAUGCAAAUGGGAGGAGUCCGAAUGUUGAUCAGUGGCCUAUGGAUCGAAAGAGCGGUUUCGGUCAAGGAGGAGGCAGCAUGGCCGAAAAACUGAAGGCUCGAGAGAGGGAAAGAGCAAGGAGGAAGAAAGAAGAGGAAGUGAUGAAUGAGCGCAAUCAAAUCGAGUUGCAGAAUAUGCAACAUUUCCAGAACCAAAACGUGGCUCCGGUCUUGGGGCAUCCGGGGUAUGGAAGGGAUCGAGAUGGGGCGAGAGGAUUAACGAGUGAGGAUGCUAGGAGAGGCGAUGCGCUUUAAUUUUCACUCGGGCCUAGGUACUUGAGAAGGAUGUCGUUGUUUGUUUAUUUUGAGUGUGGAUUUUUUGUAUAUCAUUUUUUGCGUUCGAUUAUUUGAUGAUACCAUUUUGCGACGGAGAGGGGAAAGGUGGGCUAGACAAAUCGUCCAGAAGGGAAUGGAUGGGACGAAUCGAUGAGUGAAUGAAUUGUUAAUACUGAUUUUUAGGUAAGUCAUGUGGAAGGCACAAGACAAGGAAAUAAAUACCACUCCAGCAAGAAGUAAAUUGAGAGGAAAGGAGACCUUUGUGAUAUCGUCAAUGGAGAAAAUAUAUAUAUAUGUAUAUAUACAGGUGUGAUGUACAUCACCACAAUCCAUUUAACCUACUUCGUACCAU